GACUGCUGGGACCAUCAAUAAUUUAAAAUGAAGAAGCAAAGAUCAAUUAAAGAUUUGUGCAGCACCAUAGUUUUCGAGAACAAGAGAAAUCAUUGGUCAGGUAGAUGCAUGGCAUUUAGGGAACAGAUGGCAGAUGCCUCUCUAUACCUUGCGAGCAGAAGACUUUUAGAACUGUAUAGCAGACGGCUCACAGGCUGGUACUCUGUAUAACUGGUGGUAGUCCACAUCACUGCAGAACUUAUUCUGAAUACACAAAUAGGUGGGGCAGCGACUCAACGUUUUAUUGAUCAACAGGUGUCGCACUUUCAUUUAUAUUCUCCUUUUGUGUCCAGCAGCAGUAUGUACCGACCAUCUCCGAACAAGUUCUGUGAGUUUAUUUGAAAGCAAAAUCGUUAUUUUUCCAUCAUAUUGUAAUAUAUGUAUUGGAAAGGAUUAUGCAUAUGUAAAUGGUACAUGACUAACUCUUAUUGGAACUGCAGUGGUAAAUUACAGAAGUAAAAUAUUUGACUGCAAUUUACAGUGUUCGUAUUGUAAUGGUGAGCCAUUUUCUGGUCUGGUUGUAUACUAUAAUACACAAAUGUGUGUUUAAGUAGUGUGAUGGGAAAUAAGGUAAAGUGUUUACGAACUGAAAUGUGAAUUCAAAGUUGGAGCCAAAAGAAGUGAAAUUCACUGAUGUCAUCUUCAUGAUUCAUUACAAAAGAAAACUAUGUCAAUGAAAUUUAGAACUUAUAUUGUUUUAAUGAAGAUGAAUAUUUUCUGUGCUGGAACUGGAUUUUAUUGUUGUAACAUCUUCUAACAAAGCAAUAUAGUUUGUUUGACUAAAAGAAGUAAAUAUAUGCAUCAGAUUUGGUUUCUCGCUUCUUUUGCUUGCAUUGUAGAUCUGGAAUUACCUUCUAUGUUUGUUAAUCAUCACAUGUCUAAACCAACUAAAACUUAGGAGUUGAUAAUAUACCACAGUGAAUCCAGUGAAUUGUUAAAUGCGAACACCAUUCAAAUAAUGAUGCCUCUGAAAUUCACAACAAAAUGGCCAAAAGGCUAUGGAUUUGAGAUCUAUGGCAAAGGUCCGUGCUAUGUGACAUUCAUAGAGAAAGGCAGUGUUGCCCACAAUGCUGGCCUGCUUCCAGGAGACCAGAUCUUGGAGCUGGAUGGCCAGGAUGCGACCAUGAUGUCAUCGGAGGCACUCAAGACUCUGGCCAAGCACAGUCGAGAACAACCUCCAAGUCUGGAGGUUGUGUCAUGCCUCAAACAGGUGCACAUCCCCUUCAAGGGCAUGAUGGGAUACGGCUUCACCCUGGUGGACGGUCGGCCGGUUGUUGUGGCGGGAGUUGAUUUUGGAAGUCCUGCGUACAAAGCAGGUCUGAGAACAGGUGAUGUUAUUCUGGAAAUCAAUGGCCGACCAACAUUUAGUCUACAGGAUGUUGGGAAAUUACAAAAACUGAGUCACUUGUCACUGCUCACAAUUCCCAUUGGUCGAGCGUCUAACAUGAUUCAAGUGAAUAAAACUCUUCCCAAGACAACCCCAGCAGUUCCCAGAAUUCAACGUGCCAGAGAACUGCACGACAAGAUGAACAUCAUCCUGGGAGAUGACUAUGAGAAGAAGAUGGCCAUUGUGGGAAUACUGAAGCAGUACGCCGAGGAUCGAGACAUCAGGGUGUUUUGUGAGGCCCUGGGAGUGGUGUUGAAGACCCCACACCAACGACGUCUUCUCAAACAGAUCAGGCCGUUUGUUCCGCCGAAUCACCGAGGCCAGUUUGACCAGCUGAUCAGGAUGAAAAAUCUGUCAUCUGCUUCCAGCGUCUCCAGUGUGUCUGCUGCUGCUACCAACAAACCAGGGCAGUCCAGAGUAGUUCAGAUCUUGCGAGAUGACGGCAGUUUUGGUUUUGUGAUCAAGGGAAGUAACCCAGCGUACAUUGAGUCAGUUGAUUCCGGUGGUUCGGCAGAGCGAGCAGGUCUCCGGCCUAAAGACUACAUCAUGAGACUGAAUGGGAUUGAUGUCAGACGAUGUGGUCACAGCAGACUGAUUCAGCUACUACAGGACAGUGGCACAGCUCCCACCAUUGAAAUUCUCAGAUACUAUGGAGGAAUGACCCCAGCUGUGAGUCUUGAGUCUCUGUCGUCCGACUCUGACGCAUCAAGUCACACCUCCACCGAGUGGCUCACACAGCAACAUCUAGUGGAUAAAGAUGGGCGCACAUUUAAACAGAGGAUUAAUUUCUUGCUCACUCCAAAGGAGAGAUCACAGCUAAAGCGAUCACUGUUGACAUACGAAGUGACAAGUGAUGUUGUAGAACUGUACACGGACGUAUCAGCGAUACUGGACACACCUUCCAAGAAGACUCUGUGGAUGUUUAUAAUGACCAAGCUGCCCAUUCAGCACCAGGAGUAUUGUCUGCACAGAAUAGAUCUUCCACAACAUGUGCUACUGGAGGUGGUGAGAAUUCAGAGGCAUGGAAACAAUGUCCAACAGAAUGGAAACGAUGAAAUUGACUGGGAUUCUCCUGCGGGAUUGUCCGAGCUGUCACCAUCAUUUCAGCAGCAGAUAGACUUCCUGUUGACCUCAGAGGAAAGGUCACUGUUAAAACGCCUGCUUUAUGUGUAUGAGGAUGACAGAGACAUCAAGUCGCUGUUGGAGGAGAUGGAAAUGAUGCUGGACACACCGUCCAAGAAGACAUUGUGGCGUUUCAUCAUCCCGCUCCUGACAAACCCGCACCAGGACGUCGUGCGCCGACGUCUCGAGUUCAAACAGCAGUAUGUGGGGCCUGGCUUGUAUGUGAAGAAACAUGAUGGGCAUUCUCUUUCAUCAGAGGAUGGUAACGAGAGCACUCUGUCCAAUGAUUCCUCAACCGGCUGGAGGCCCAGGAGCAAGUCUAGUCACCACAAGGAGGUGUCGGAGGAGAUGCUCCUUAAGGAGCUGGAGGAGACGAGGAGAGUUAUCCAGGAGGCAAAGAUAGCCAUUGUUCAGAACACAGAACAGCAAGUGAGCAAAAGCCAUGGUUCCAUUGACAGUAAUAGCAGCUCUCGUUAUGUGACGAUCAUCCCGGUCGGCUAUCCAGGCUUUGAGAACGCCAACCACCCAUACCACAGCAGAGAACUGGACUCCCCAGAGUUCAACAAGUUCAGAAAGCUCGGCCCUUACAACGGACAACCAUCGGACAGUGAGUUUCACGGGAGACAUCAGUUUCAAGAAACGCUGGACAUUUCCCACCGACGAGAUGCACAGCAAACUAGGGACGGGGGUUUUAACAGGAGUGACCAGCAGAACACAUCAGAGACAAGCUUUCACAGAAGGGAAGACCAACAGAUCAGUGACAAAGGUUUCCACAGGGGAGAGGGACAAUAUUUAUCAAACUUUAACAGAUUAGAAGUGCACAAUACAUCAAGCAAAGCUUUUCACAGUGGAGAGACACAGUAUUCCUCGGACACGAGUUAUCACAGAGGAGAAGCGCAGCAUUCUUCAGAAACAGGUUUUAACAAAGUAGACAUACAAAACAUGUCCAGCAAAGGUUUGCAAAGGAGAGAGUCACAGAAUUCAUCGGAGACGAGUGCGUACAGAAAAGAUGUACAGCAGUCGUCGGAAAAAGGUUUUCACUGGCGAGGUUCGCAGCAGAUGUCAGACCGGAGUUUUCACCGGGGAGAGGCUCGACGGCUGAGCAACUCAGAUAGUGAGGAAGAUGACGAACGUGCGUCUGCUGCUGGGUCGGGUGACUCAUUCAAGAAGAAGGCUCUCCACGCCCUGCAGGAACUGGAUGCUGUGAUGGCCGUUAAUGAGAGCGUGUCUCCGGUACCUGUACCGCCACCUCCCCCUCCACCACCAGCUGCACCACCACUGUUGAAUAAAAAGACGGGUGAAGGUCAGAUGAAUGUGAAGAGAAUCAACUGGGAGAAGAUGGACGACAACAAAGUGGGGAACACAGUGUGGGGACAGCUAGCAGGUCGUGAACUAGAACAUGUGGUCAAAAACCUGGAGCUAGAAAGUCAGUUCAGUACUAAGACAAAUAAAACAGUCUUUGGUAACAGACGGCAAGAGGUGUGCAUUCUAAGUCCAAAGAAAGCUUAUAAUAUGUCAAUUCUGUUUGGUCAUCUGAAGAUGUCUGUGUCAGAAAUAAAGCACGCCUUGUAUUCAAUGAAUGAAGAAAUCCUGUCGCCCGAACUGGUAAAGCAGUUGCUGGCUUAUGCACCCUCAUCAGAUGAGCUGGAAAGGUAUGACAACUUCACCGGGGAGAUUGAGGACAUGAGUAAACCUGACAUGUUUGCAUAUGAAAUGAGUCGUAUCCCGGGCUAUGAGCAGCGGUUACAAGCCAUGUUGUUCAAGGCCACAUUUCAAGAGAAGAUUGUAGAAAUGAGAGAGAAUUUAAGAUGUAUAAAGACUGCAUCUUAUGAGCUGAAACACAGCAAGAAACUGGCCAAACUUCUCGAGCUCAUACUAGCUAUGGGAAACUACUUGAACAAAGGCAACGUCCGAGUUGGAGAAGCUGCAGGUUUUCACAUCAACUUCCUCUCACAGCUUGAUGUGACCAAGACGAGUGACAACAAGUCGACAUUUCUCCACGUUCUUGCCGGGACGGUCAGCUCCAAAUUCUCGGAGGUCCUCACCGUGGGGGAAGAACUGCAUGCUAUACCCGAGGCAGCUAAAGUAUCCAGUGUGCUCUUAAAUCAGGAAUUGCAGGACUUGAGAAAAGUUUUACAGAGUGCACCAGAGAGUGAGAGAACAAACAUGCCUAUUGACCAGCUGACAACAGGAUUAACUAAUGUGUUGGUAAUUAAGGAUGCUUAUGACACUAGUAGAGUCUGCACCAGAGAGUGA